GCGGGCGCCGAGGCGGAGGGGCUGCGCUGCGAGCCGCGUCCGGCCCAGCGGCGCGGUGCGCACCCCGCCGAGGUCACUAUCACAUGACAAAGACUUUGAGACAGCUUCAUCUUCAUCUGUCUGUAAUUUCCAUUUGCCUUUCUGGGUCACAGUAAUGAAAGGCAGUAGUAGGAAUAAGGAUCACUCAACAGAAGGUGAAGGAACUGGGAAGCGACCAAAAAGGAAGUGUCUUCAGUGGCAUCCCCUGCUGGCCAAGAAACUCCUUGACUUCUCUGAAGAGGAAGAAGAGGAAGAAGAAGAGGAAGAUAUUGAUAAGGUGCCGCUCCUUGGCCCUGAUGGUUUAGAGCAGGAUGCUGAUGAGACUGAAGAUGACGAGUCCUCAGAGCAACGAGCUCGCCGACCAAUGAAUGCGUUUCUCUUGUUCUGCAAACGCCACCGCUCUCUUGUGCGGAAAGAACAUCCUCGCCUCGAUAAUCGUGGCGCAACCAAGAUCUUGGCAGAUUGGUGGUCUGUUCUAGAUCCAAAAGAAAAACAGAAAUACACUGACAUGGCCAAGGAGUACAAGGAUGCAUUUAUGAAAGCAAACCCAGGGUACAAGUGGUGCCCCACAACCAACAAACCUGUGAAAACCCAGGCAUCCAGUGUUACAAACAGGAAAAAGCUAUGGGCCAUUGCAUCAGACUCUGCAAAAGACUUACCUAGCCCAAGGAAAGUAACCAAAAGUGAAGAAAUGCCACAACUUAACUUUGGGAUGGCAGAUCCUACACAAAUGGGAGGCCUGAGUAUGCUGCUUCUAGCAGGGGAACAUGCACUUACUGCACAAGAGGUUUCCUCCAGUACUUGCCAGUCUGAUACAUCUAAUUCUACAGAAGCCUGUCAGAAGUCAUCAUUGUUUCAGUUUGCAGAGAUCUCUUCCAACACCUCACAGCCUGGAGUCCUGGGGGCAGUAAAACAAACGGAGGAGUCUGCAUUGUUUCAGUUUGCUGAGAUCUCAUCAAACACUUCCCAGUUGCCAAGUCCUGAGCCAGUAAAGCACUGUGGGAAGUCGGCACUCUUCCAGCUGGCAGAGAUUUCUUCAAGUACAUCCCAUUCAGGACCUUCUGAUUUAACAAAACAGUGUGGAACAUCAGCAUUAUUUCAGCUGGCAGAGAUGUGCCUUGCUUCAGAAGGAGUAAAAGUGAAAGAACCUGGGAAAACAAAAGUGGAAGCACUGGAAGAUGAGGAAGGGGAAGUUUCAGAGGACAUGGAAGUAGAACAGGAGAAAACAACAGUAAAAGACUCCAGUAAUAGAAAAGUAGAACAAUCAGAAAAAUUGCAAAACCCAGAUGAAACAAAAGCUGAGGAAUCAGAAACUGCAAAAUGCAGAGAUUUUACUAGUCUUGCAAUGGAAAACAGUCCUUUUGAGAGAAAGGAUAACACAAAGGAUCACAUGUGCCGUUCUCCAGAGCUUUUCAUGAGUGACAUGACUAUCCUUGGGCUAAAGCCAGAAAAGAUAAAGAAGAAAAAGAAAAAAAAUAAGUUGGACCGGCACACAAAUGAAAAAUCCACCCCCAAAAAAUCUUGUAAAAAGAGGCAGUCCUCCGAGUCGGACAUUGAAAGUGUAAUGUACACAAUUGAAGCCGUGGCCAAGGGGGACUGGGGUGCUGAGAGACUUGCAGAUACUCCCCGCAAAAAAAACCGCCCUGUCUCAAAUGUGAAGGGAAGCAUGUUGGAUACAAAAUCACCAAAGAAAAAAGUGAAAUCAAAAGAAAAGAAAACAUCAAAGGAGAAACCAAUGGAGACCACCAAAGAAUCCAAGCCUCCCAAUUUCCUUAGUAUUGAAGCCAGCAAGGAAGUACCAUGUGAGGCUCCUGAUAACAUUAAAGUGGAGCCACUGACCCCAACAGAGGAGGUGGUACCCCAGAGCUUACCAGAACAGAUCAAAACUGAGGACAGUGACUGUGUUAAAAAGAUAGAAACCUGUGGCUCCAGGAAAUCAGAGAGAUCUUGCAAAGGUGCUCUUUAUAAAACUCUGGUGUCAGAGGGCAUGCUCACAUCUCUGCGCGCUAAUGUGGACAGAGGAAAAAGAAGCUCAGGAAAAGGUAACUCCUCAGAUCAUGAAGGAUGCUGGAAUGAAGAAAUCUGGGCCUUUUCCCCAAGUGGGACAAGUGGGAACAAAAAACUGAAAAAGACUAAGCCAAAGGAAGAGUUUGUUUUUGGCUUAGCAAAAUUGGAAGAAGAAUUUGCAAAGAAAUUCAACAGCCUUCCUCAAUACAGUCCUAUUACCUUUGACAGGAAAAAUUCAUCUGUUUCGAGGAAAAAGCGAAAGAUUGGAAGUGGCUCAUGUGAACUACCAAAAUCCAACAAAGGUUCAUUCCAGUCUCAGAAAAAGAACUUAUUCCACAAAAUUGUCAGCAAAUUUAAGCAAAGAAAGAAGCUUAAUGUUCCGGACGCAGCCAUACUAUUAGAAGACAGAAAUUCCAGUGAGAGUGCCUGGAAGAAUAAAAUUUCUAUAUCUGCCCUAAACACUCCAGAGCCAGCAAUGAUGCACGAGCCUUUAGUUGGCAGCCAGAAAAGGAAAGCAAGGAAAACUAAGAUCACACAUCUUGUCCGAACAGCAGAUGGACGAGUGUCACCAGCAGCAGGGACACUGGAGGAGAAGCCAAAAGAGCUGCCACAAAGUACUCUUCAAAAAUCAUCAAGUGCAGAAGCAGACUGCAACAGUGAAUGCUCCAGAAACACAGAGACAGAAGAAAAUCAUAGUAUUACAUCAGAUAUGCCAGCGGUGUCUGCAUUCUUUAGCUUAGCUGCUCUGGCAGAAGUAGCAGCCAUGGAAAACGUACACAGAAGUCAGAGGGCCACACCUCUCCCACAUGAUGGACAGCCAAAUGAAAUGUCUCAGGCUCCAGUGCUUAUUUCCUGCGCUGACCAGUGAAGCUCCACUUUAUUGUAAAACAUUGUGCUUUACCUAAUAUCCUAGCCUUGUCUUUACCAAGGGAAGCUAGUCAGUCCAUAUGAUGGAACUAGAGACUGCAAUAAAGUACUUAUUGCUCUGAGUGGCCCAGAAUUCACUGGAAGCCAGACAUUAGCAACUUGGGCCAGGUCCUCAAAUUGGAACCCAGUAUGUAGGAGGGUGAUACUGUCUAUUAAUGAACUGAAAUGGAGUGGAAUGAUCCCAGAGCUUGCUUUCUAUUGAAGGCUUUUAAACAGUAAACGGGUGGUUGGUGUGAAAAAGGCUGCCUUUACUGUUAGCUCACACAGCAUCUCUUUUACCAACCAGAGAGUACGACAACUAGUUUCAUAUAAUAUCUAGUUAUUCUAAAUGAAAAAGAAAAAAAAAAAAAACAACAAAAACACUGACGCACUGCACUAGUUACUAUUAGAUAUUCUUAGUCAUUUUUGUACAUGAAGAUUUAAGUUCUAAGAUGGUUUAUAUUAAUAGGUUAUGCCUACGUUUAUAUUGUAGAAUGAAUUUAAAACCUGUUCCAGAGAACUCAAGGCAGCCUGGACAGAUGUACCAUUGUUAGCGGUGUUUGGGCAGCCACGUGGUCCAGAUGUUCUGCACUUUUAUAUUUGCCACCGGAGUGGUAGAGUUUACUGGGAAAAGUUCUGACAGGCUAUGUUUGGGUUUGUUUCUUUUUAAUUUAGCUUUGAAUAACCAGGAUGAUGUGCAUUAGAAAAAGGUGUGGUGUAUGGAAAAGAAAAUAUUGCAGAUAAUUGA